UCCACAAGGCGAUGUAGCGUUUGUGGAAAAGCUACACCACACUGGAAAUCGAUCGGUGCAGUGCGGUGCACAUGUAGUGCUAGUGAUGUACAUGUACCGUCUAGCCCACCCAUUUUGUGUACGAGAGGGAGUCAGGACUGCCGGCCGGUAUCUUGUCUGAUCUUGUGAUGUUUGGAUUGAAUGCGGUUGCCCUCUCAGGACCAGUGAAACCACCCAAGAGACGAAACUUAUAUUUACAUCCAAAAUUGCACCCAGCUGAGAAUACCUGUCGGAAAUCAUCGAUGUCAGAACAGCAGAACAGGAAAUCUUGAGUGUUUCAACGGCUGAAACCAAUCCUCUAGCCUGGAUAUGGAUCUAUUGUGAAAGCAGACAAGGAUUGGCCAUACUUUCUCUUUUCUAGUUGCGACACUAAUCUUUGGAAGUACACGUAUACAGUGCGUGAACGCCUCAUUUUUUGCCCCACUACCUACAUACCCAAAAGUCGGAGUGUGCUUCACCUUUUCAAUAUUUUAUAUUUCUUGUGCAAUACCACGAAAAUGGAGCUGACUUGGUUAUUUUCAACCCUGACUCUUGCCACUUGUUGUCAAAUAUUCUGUGCUGGCACAACAGGUACAUGUACAUCCAAAAAAAAGCCUAAUUUUGUCAUAUUCAUUAUGGACGAUGUGGGAAUGGGUGAUCUGGGCUGCUUUGGGAACAACACCAUGAAGACCCCGAACAUUGACCGUUUAGCCCAGGAGGGUGCCAAACUCAACCACCAUCUGGCUCUACCGCUGUGUACACCGAGUCGAGCAGCGCUCAUGACUGGACGGCUGCCUGUCAGAUAUGGAAUGGGUUCAAGGCACAUCAUGCGAGUGUUUACCUUUCUCUCCGCGAAGGCCGGACUCCCAUCUAAUGAGACCACAAUUGCCGAGUUGUUGAAGGAAUCUGGCUAUUCUACUGGACUUGUAGGAAAAUGGCAUCUGGGCUCAAUGUGUGAGACAGAGACGGAGUGCUCCCACCCCAAUGGUCAGGGCUUUGAUUACUUCUUUGGCCUGCCUCUGACAAACCUCCGGGACUGUGGUGGCAAGAGCAAUGUUUUUGUUGCCUGGGAUCCCCACAUCUAUCGGGACAUAGUCCUCACCUUCCUGGUGCUCCUGUGGGCAGCAUACACAGUGCGCAAGCAUGGCUACAUCGGACCCUCAGGCUUUGUCAUGUGCGUGGCCAUGGCGGCCGUGCUGUGCGGCGGCUUCUUUGCCUUUAUCAAGUCGGUGCGCAUGAUGAACUGUGUGCUGAUGGAGAACCAGAGGGUGGUUGAGCAGCCCCUCCAGUACAACUGCCUCACAGAGAGGCUGAACCACCGAGCCAUCGACUUCCUGGAGCAGGCCCACGACCAGCCCUUCCUGCUGGUGGUGUCCUUCCUGCAGGCCCACACCGCCCUCUUCAGGUCCGAGCACUUCGUGAACCACAGUCAGCAUGGCCUGUAUGGGGACGUCGUGGAGGAGAUGGACUGGAGUGUUGGAGAAGUCUUGGCUGCUCUCAAGCGGCUGGGCGUGGAUGACAACACAUUCAUUUACCUGACUUCAGACAACGGGGGUCAUGUGGAAGAAUUCUCUGAAGAUGGAGAGAGAGAGGGCGGCUGGAAUGGGAUCUUCAAAGGUGGGAAAGCCAGUACUUGGGAAGGAGGUAUCCGUGUGCCCACCAUCGUCAAGUAUCCUGGUGUCGUGGCCCCUGGGUCUCAGAUCUCAGAGCCCACCCAGCUUCCAGACUUGCUGCCCACCAUUGCUGGCAUCGUAGGUGUACAGCUUCCAAACGACAGAGUGUACGACGGAAAGGAUCUAAUGCCACUACUGAGAGGAGAGAACAACCGGCCCCAUCACGAGUUCAUGUAUCAUUACUGCGGAAGCUAUCUGCAUGCUGCUCGCUAUACACCCUCAGAUUCUGACAGUGUGUACAAAGUUCAUUUCAGCAGUGUCCUGCAUGUGCCCGGUCCUUACGGCACCAUGGGGUGCUUUGGCACCUAUGCCUGCCGCUGCACAGGCUACUCAGUCAUCCAACACGAUCCUCCCGUCGUCUAUGACCUCACCCGGGACCCCUCAGAGCAGAGCCCCCUUGACCCCAAUGACCCUGUGGUCAGAGAGGUCAUCCUGAGGAUGCAGGAUGCAGUGUCCGAGCACCAGAGUGGAGUGGUCAAGCAGCAAGACCAGUUUGGAGUCCUGCGCCUCUUGCCUCGUCCGUGGAAGCAGCCGUGCUGUGGUACAUUUCCGUUCUGCUCCUGUAAAGACUCCCUGCACUCGGAAAGUCUCACAUUACCUUCAGCGCCGGUAACGCAACCAGACUGGGUGCCAGUGGCAGAGGAGAUUCAGCAAAGUUGAGGUGGCAUUUAAAUUUAAAAUUGCAACCAGCAUUGGGUCUUCCCUUGAGAGACAGUAUUGGAGUAUCUGUGAAUGCAGUCAGAGUGACGUUCAGACAAUGCCUGGCAGCUGAAAACUCUGCUGCGAUUUGAGAACUUCUCACCUCAGGAAUGAAGCCUGAUCACAGGUGUGACCUGCAAAGUCUUUCAGUCUUUCAUGUUUAUUUGCAUUAGAAACAAAAGGAAAUAAACAAAUCAUGCUUUCAGAAUUUUAGAGUAUUUUAUGAGCGGAUUUUUAUUAUUUUUUUUGCGGCUUUUUCGUCAGUCAAUUAUUGAAUAAAUAUUUUGUCUUGAAUAUCCAGAAAGAUUUCUGACUGUUAGCAUUCAAAACUUACUGAAGAUAUGUCACCAGCAGACAUUUUUUUUUUAAUGAUGGACAGCCACAUGUUUUGAGCCAGAUACAUCUCUCGGAUUUUCAGGAGGUUGACUCAAAAGUUGUGCCUGUCCUAGAUGAUUUGUGUUUUUUAGAGCAGGAGAUGAUAUAAGGCACUUUAUGGUUAGUCAUUGAUCUGAGCUGGUGGCAGUCAUAUUAGUGCGUACAUAUACAUGUACAUGCAUCAAUGAGGUAAACAUUUUGCCCGUGGUACAUGUACAUGUACAUGCAUGGCUGCACUGGUAAGCUUCCAUUGGUGGAAUGGGCCUUUGCUUCAUACAUGUAGCUUGGCAACCAUCAUGUAACAUAGCAAGUAGCAAUGGAAAACAGUUGGUGACUCUGUGCAAAGAGCAAAUGACACAGUUAGUGCUGGAAGAAGUAGUUUGCAGUACUGUUGUACAAGUAUGUAUACAUGAUGAGUACUUUAACUUGGCUGCACAUGAUACAUUUACGAUAGAUUGAUAUCGGUUAGUUUUUGUUACAAUUUUUAUUUAUCAUAUGUGCUGGGAAGCUAUGAAGUUGCAUGCACAUACCUUACAUGUCAGGUUAUAUUGUGACGGUUUUUGUUUUUACAUGUAUGUUUAAUAAUCUUAAUUAUCUUAGAAAGCUAAUCCUAACUGUCCCACCUACGUAUCAGUAAGUGGACUUCUUCCAUGCUUCAGGAAGUAAAUCUAAUUUGGAGAUGUGGAAAGAUGACGCCAGAGGCUGCUUGGAGAGAAAAAACCUACCGGAGGUAGAUGCAGCUGAAUGAACAGGUGACCCAAUGGCAAAGACAGGUGUGCUUCAGGGAGCUACUGGAUAACAGGUGCAUGCCCAACCAGUUUUCCAAACUCAAGCUUCAUUAUUUUGUCUUCCAGUAGUCAUGCAGUUUGGUAAUGGCAUGUUCCUUUAUCAGUCUGGUUUGGAUGUAUUAGUGGGUCAGCAUGGAAUCAAGGAAUAUUGGUCUGAGACAAGAUGCACUGGAGCUUUUUUCCUAGUUCAGGGCAACGAGGCUAGAUUCACCAACACCUACUGUACAUGUGCGGUACCUGACUUUCAAGUUUUGUGGUUUUACAAUGACACAAUCAUUCCUUAUUUAAGAAUUUUAAAAUAUUUUAAAACUUAUGACAUUUUGCUUUAGCAUGUUUGCUUUGGAAUUUGACAUGUUAAUGUACAGUACAUGUACAUACGUACCGGUAUGUGCUACAGAAAAGACAGAAGUGUGCUCUUGAAGUGUGCUAGAUUUAGUUUUAAAGACUUUUAACAAUCUGUAAAUGAAUGCCCAUACACAGAUACAUGGUACCCGGCACGGUGUGCAGUAUUUUGUUCAUAUAAGUAGAUAAAUCCAGAGAAAAGGUAAUUUUUCACCUUAUAAGUUGACAAGUUUUCUGUCUUUCAUUUUUAACUGAUGCACCUCUGAAAAUGUCUCCCAUCUCAGAGUCUCAUAUCUACGCUGUAGAAAAGUCUGUGUUCAUAAUGUCGCACAACACCGAGCACUAGCUCACACAAUUUUUACACCCUUUUUGUACAGGAAUGUUUAAUAUAAUGCAUAUGUGUAGCCACGGUGUACGAGUACAUUAGCAUUUGAAGUGUAAAUAGGUGAUGUCAUGAAUAUUCAUGCCAGCCAUUUUUUAAGCUCUUAGACGCAGCCUUCGGUGUUUGCCUAGUGAUGAAAUUACUAGCACAUUUUCAUUAAAUCUUCAAAUUUUAGUUUUACCUUUUUCUUCUGUGCCUGCAUGAAAACUUUGUACCUGUAUGUUCAUGUACCCAUGAAUGUAAGGCUUGCUGCCAUUCUCAUGUGCACUUGGGCUUUUUUUUUUACACCAGAGGGGUAUUAAUUUGCUGGGUAUGUUUGGUUACCGCACAGCUACAUGUACAUUUAUGUUAUGCAAAGUGCAGUGGAAAGCUGAAAUUUUGCAGUGCAUUUGCACAAUUUUUUUGUAACACAGUGCUGUUCCCAUCAAAUUGAUAGGGGUUCCUGUGUAAUGAUGGCAGUUCCACUGAAAUUUUCCCCUGUCACGUUUAGCCUGUGACCGUAAUGGGAGACUUUGAGACACUGGUGGCAGCAGACAUACUGGUCCUUUUUCACAGCAUUGCACAUGCUCAGAACUAUGCACACAUGCUCCAAACAAUGUGCACAUGCUCAGAACUGGCAAAAAGGACCGUCAUGUUUGUCGCCACCGAGUUUCUCGAAGUCUCCCUUUACAAUGGAAAAUUAACGGUGAUGUAAGCUUUCCAGCUGUUACCAGUGGGCUUAGGAUGAUAACUUUCCCACUCAGCUAUGCUUGCUUUGCCGAUAAUUAAAAGGAAUCGCAAUAUUUGAAACUGUAGUAUGAAAACUUUCAGUAUUUCAUGAAAACUUGUUUGUUCAGUAUUAAAGAUACAUAUAUUUUAGAGCCAACACAGAGACAUAUAAAACUGUUACUUUUACUCCUUGUACAUGUAUAUGUUUCAAAGAAAUAUAUAAUGUAUACAGUAUAUUCAAAUAUAUGCAGUACAAUUUUAAAGAGACCAAAAGUAGGCAGUCCAUGGGAGUUGCUAGUACAUGUACAUGUAGUGCAGAAACACAUUUACCUGUACAUGUAAAAGGUGGUCGUGAUAUUUUUCCUGUGUUUGUAGAAUGGAAAUUGGAUUGACAAUCGGUCGCAAGUGUAUAUAUUUACAUAUGAAUGGCAGUUGAUUGGCCAGUGUUAUGGACGUUCAGUACAUAUCCAAGUACAGGUACAUGUCCGUUUCUGUAUCCACCUUGUGAAAAUGGAAAUGAUAAUUGGGGGUUAUUGUGUAGCAUUUGUUUCAACCUUGGAAAGCGCAACGCAUCCAUUGUCACACCAUUACUAGUGAAGCAGAAUUUGCUAUUGAUUUGAAACCAUUGAAGUUGUCGGUAAAAUACAUAUGUAGAAACAAGGUUUCCUGCUGUUGGGAAAUGCAUCUGCUUGACUGAAGUUUUUCACACAUGCUUUCAAUACAUGUACCUCACGUAGCUCAAAGGAGGUUCCAGUCACUGCACACUGUAUCUGUAGAAUGGAUUAACCAUGAAAUCUGAUGUGAACGGAUUGCACAAGUCUGUUCUUCCACACAAUUUGAUGUCUUUCUGUGUUGGUAAAGCCAGAAAACCUGUGAUUUGUUGAAAUAAUUCAGUGUCUUGUUAGGAGAGUUAGGUUGGCGUUUGGGGAAUUAGGUUGGCAUAGUGGUUCUUUCCUUGCCUUCCAGCUCUGUGGCCUGGGUUCAAUUCCGGGCUUGGUCCACAUAUGGAUUAAGUUUUCAGUCCCUACCUGAUUCUGUUGGUUUUUACCCAGAAUAUUCCUCUUGAGUUUUCCUCUAAACUCAGACACUCUAACUGCUUCUCAUUGUCUCCACUCAACAAGUUUCUUUUGGCUUGCGAGCCGUAGUGCCUUGAGUGCUCAGAUAAAUAAUCCUUGUUUUCAUUACCAGAAAUCAAAUAAUAAUGGGAAUUCUGUGAUUUGUGCUCCGCUAUCUUAAUUUUGUCUACGACUCAGAAUUCAUCUUCCAGCAUUACAGGAACACUUUACGUACAUACUACAGCGGCACAGUUGCACAAUUUUUUGCAUACGUAUGCACAUCACCAAGAGUAAAGGUAUAAAGGGUGUGCCAAUACCAGCAUGAAUAUUGUACUGUUGAAUGUGCCCCAGAUAACAGUGUGCAUUAUUGUAGUUGCCUUUCCAAAAAUGGAGCUGAGCUAACUUUCUUCACUCGGUCAUGCCUUGACUGAAGUGGUCCAGCGGAAAAGCAUGUACCCUCUCCCUCCCUUGGAAAAUUUGAAAUCUAUAAUCCCCCCUCCCCGCAGUGUAAGAUACUGUUGGGAUAAAGGUAGGACAUACUCAUGUGAGUCAAAUUUGCCGUGUUUUGCUUGGGUUGUGAUAAAGAAUUGUCAGCUGCUGAACAGGGUGGGGUUUGCAACACGUAACCACUUCCCAAAUCUUUAACUGGUUAGUGGACUGUACAUGGACUAAACUGGGCAUGUGCAAUGUAUGCAUAGGUACAUGUAUUUGGGUUGAAUGUGCAAUUGCACUGCCUUUCCUCCUGAAAUGUAGAGAAAUUGGGCAGGGGAAGGUAUUGUCAUAACUUUCACAGUCCUUGCAAGUAGUUGGUCCAUUUGUAUGACAGGACAUCCCCAUGGGUUCCAGCAGGGUGAUGCUACAGGCAAAGGGCAAAGCAGUGUUUAGGAAGCAAUGGUUUAGUGUUUGUUCUGGGUUCAGUUCAGGGUUCAAAGUCAUGGUUAUGAGAAAUACAUGUAGAAACAAUACAGACUAAUGCAACCACCAUUAAUUCCUUUCCUGCAAGGAUACCAUAGUGCAUGUACCUGCAGGUUGUCCAUGGCUCUGACAUCAACACAAAUUGUAAUGUGUCGUGUAUCUGGUGUCGCAUAACAGUACUUGUCAUUGGUAUUGUAGUUUGAAUGUUUUUGUAACAAAAUUGCAUGUGCUUUAGGGAUACAAACAUGUCACCUGCGAUUUCAGUCCCUUGUUUUGUUGAUUUUGUGUGUUCCUUUCUUUACUUAACAUAUGGUUGUUUUUCAACAGCCAUGUUAGCACACUUGGGAUCUGGGAGGAGGGGGGCACCAGGGACCAUGCCCCCCCCCAAUAAAUUGAGAAAACAAGAUUGUUUUCAAAAUUAAUGAGAAAAAUGAUUGAGGGGAAUUUUCACUUUCCUUUCUUUCAAAAGUUUGUAAAUAAAGUCCCAAAUUCUAGCCUCACCUGUAAGAAAGGCCAGAAAGAGGUUGAAGAAAUAUCAAAAUUUUGGGCCCCUCAAAAACAAUUUUGAUUUUGAAUCAACCUUUGUGUUACCAAAGUGAAAUGUGAUGCAUAAAUGUGUGUGUGUGUGUGUGCAGAUAUUUUUUAUGGAAUGUUAAACCGAACUGUUACGUCAGUCUUCAAAGUGAACUUUGUCUUCCCUCUUGGAAAGGUUAGUGCAAAAUAGUGAAAAUAAUUACAGAAGCACAGUUCUUGUUCGGGGUAGGCACCUUUAUAAGAAUAUAUGUUGCACAAAUCAUAUUUGAAUAUUCAUAAUAGUUUGUUGAUAAAGUGCUGGGAGGUGGGUUCUAAGAUCAUUUUUGUCAGGUAUAAGACUAAGCUUUGUGAUGGCUUUUACCAGAAAGACUUUUUGGAGUAAAUGUUGGGCCGUUAACUUUACUCAAUUUUUUGUUUGUGAAACAAACUAAUAUUGAACUCAUAUAAGGAUAGCAAAUUUACCAGUAAAAUUAUUAAACUGAGGGUCGUACCAAUAUUUGAUGUUUCUAAAAUGAAGUUUUCAAUGAAGCAUGUUUUGGGGCAUCGAAAGAUUAACGAAAAUUACUCACUAAAUAGCCCUAAGCACCUGAUGAGUAGUGUAUGCAUUCAAAGUAUUCCUGUACAUGUACAGAUGUGCUGGUAAAUAAAGGGUCCAGCAAAUUGAAAUACAUCACUGAUGGUGAUAUUUUGGAGGGUAUAGGAUUGAAUGCACGCUAUAAUUUAUGUUAUUGGUAACCUAUUUCAACUUUCAGAUAAUGGUAUGCUUAAUUUAUGUACAUAGAAAUGAAUGUUUUGCUCUGCAUGUAACUUUUAUUGUAAUUCAAGCAAAAUAAUCGGUGCAAAAAUUUAAUGAUAUGAUCAUGGUAACAGAAUUAUCGGAAAUUUAAUGACCAAAUUUGAUGAGAGUAUGCUGUUAAGAUUAUACAUACACAUUUUUUUAAUGAGAUACUUUUUAACAGUACUGUUAUAUUUAUAAACACUUUCAAAGCAAGUCGGUCCGAGCCAAUUUGGCUCAUCAGUGGGGUGUUUAUCUCCGGUUUCCUUGGUAUGAAACGACAGAGAAUAUUUCUAGUCUCCUGGAUGGGAUGCCAGUCCAUCGCUCUUCUCAGGUUGCUUCCCCAGCUAAUGCUGGUACCAUUUAUACUCCAGAGU